CAGAGUCCAACAAGGUCGGCAAAAGUAGGCCUGCGAUGUUCAGAUGGGCCAUCUUGCUUUGCGUUCCUGUGGUAGCUCAGGAGUGCUUGGCCGGUAGCUUGGUGCAGACCAAGCGGUCUAUUGCGAAGUCAAAGGUGCAGCUCGUGCACCUCACACGGCAUGAUGCUCCCUGGGUGUUGGAGGGCCCAGCCCAUUUCAACCCGCACCACUACGUAGCAAAGGUGAGCGAGCUGAAACCUGCCAGGAACUCCUCGGCUCUUCCGGGGCUGGCGCUGGCGCUGACGCUGCUCAGCGUGGUGGCGCUGCUGGGGUUGAGCCUCCGGGAGAAGGAGCCCAAGGCCUUCGUAGGUGGCCAUGGCUCAGAGGGUCUGAGCACCUGGGACGCCACGGUGGCCACGUUUUCGGGCAUUGUGGGCGUGGGCGUGCUGUCCAUGCCUUACGCGAUUUCGCGGGGCGGCCUUGUCAUAGCUCCCCUUAUCCUGGUGGUUGUGGGCUGCUCCGCGUACACGGCGCACCUUUUGGUCUGGGCCUUCCAAGAGCUCCAGCAGCGCAGUCCGCUGGCAGGUGGCCUGCGGCCCCUGGGGGAUGAAGGGAUGAGCGGCAGCUCGCCUUUUGAUGGCCGGGCUUUGUGCGGCGAGUCCAAGUUCAGCUGGGGUUUCGUCAUGGAGGCAGCCUUUGGCCCCAAGAUUCGCACCGCAACGAACUUGUUCAUCUUCCUGGAGACCUGGGGAUACUUGCUGAGUUACACUGUGGGAGCUGCAAUGAACAUCAGUCAGUGCAUCGGCGAGCCAAACUCGGAAACCUGGGCCGUACUGCUCUCAGUCGCGUUUGCCUAUGCCUUGUCGAUCCCCAGAAAUCUCACCAAGCUUCACGGCUUCUCCACUUGCGUCUACAUUGCGUGCCUAGCCAUGGUCUGCCUGUCCGGGCUGCUUCUUCCAGAGCGUGGCUCCUUGUCAGAGCUCAGCGCCUUUGACGGCCAUGGCCUGUUCUCUGUGGCGGGGAUUUUGGUCUUCAGCCCCGCAGCGCACGCCUUCUUUCCAGACAUUCAGCGGCGCAUGCAGCGGCCGCAGAAUUAUCCCCUGUGCCUUAAGGGCGCCUAUUCUGCAGCAGCGGCGCUGUACUUAUCGGUGGGCCUUGCAGGCUGCCUCUUGUUCGGCCACGCGGUCAAGCCGAGCGCAAUCCAAAACGUGGGCUGGACGAGGGACUUCCGGCCGCUGCCGCACAUGCACUGGAUGGCAGCGGCUUCGGCGGCUGGUAUGGCCAUACGUCUCCUCGUGAUGCAGGCCUACGUGCUGCCAACCUUAACCUCGUCUUUAUGUGGCGUUACUGGCUGCAGCUCCCAAGGAGUCUUGCUGACAUCCAUUCUGGCUGCCUCUGGAGGAGCUGCAGCCUGUUUUGCCCAACAGCUCACCGUACUGCUGAACUGCAUCGGCGGUGCAAUUUGCGCAAACAUUGCGUUCACUAUGCCGGUGCUGUGCUACUGGAAGCUGUCCAGGCAGACGCGAACGCUGCCAUGGUUCGAACAGCUUGGCCUGGCCUUGCUGUUCCUCAUGGGCGCCUGCUUUUCCAUGCUCGGGGUCUUCAGCUUCACUUGGAUGAGAACAAUGUGAUGAGCGGGGACAUA